AUGUUGAGCGGUGGAGCGUCUGGCUUGGACUUGAUGGUGAUGUUGUGUUUCUGCAGGUUGAACAGCGACUCCAUGUCCAAGAGCGACUGUUUCAGCUCACGGUACACAGAGCCCAAAAAGUUGAGAGGAACAGACAGCUGGAACACGAGCUGGUUGAUCAACACCAAGUCGCCGACCGUCAACGAGCCGGCUGCCACACCCUGGCACGCCAUGUACAUCAUGGCCGUCAAAGCAGAAGUGAAGAUCAGGUUCUGGCCCGAGUUCAAGAACGCAAGCGACGUGGCAACCUUGAUGGAGGCGUUCUUAUAG